AUGUUGUUUUCGACUUCAUCUUCGUCACUUAAUUCCGAAGUUUCACAGGUGUUCUCGGAAAAUAUACCAAGUAGAUCCACUACUCUCACUGAGAAUUCUACACAAAGCCAAAUAAAACAGCAUUUGGGAAGUGAAGGCGUCACUAGUGAAUUGCCGAAAAAAUUAAUUCAGUUGAAGAAAUUAAAAAACGGCGGUACUACAAUCAAAAAGGCUAAGGAAGAUCUCGAGUAUUGUUACGAUUCGCUACGGCUGUACGAAAAUCCCUAUGUAAAAUCUUCUGUAGAUAGAAAAUGUGGUUACAGUAUUGAAUUGUUUUUGGAUAAUAAGUACAAAACAUUAAUGUUCUCUGAUUUACAAUUGAAUGCUGAAUAUCCGUUGUAUUACGAUUCAUCGUUGGAUAAUAUCUCGACAAAUAAUGAAAGAGAAAGUGUAACUCCUUUACAAAUAAAGGGAAAGAUUAGGAUAAAUAUUGAUAGGGAAGAUCACGCACUUUUAAUUACUUCCCAUUCAAUCUCUGUGAAAUGUUUCACCAAGGAAUAUGCAUGUUUUGUUGAUUCAGAAACCGGCAAAGACUCCAGCAAUAACAAAAUUAUCAGAGAACUUAAUCACACAGGGUUUUUUGAAUCUUCUACUUACCCUAAACAGCAGUUGAAAGUCAUUCAUCACUCAUUAAAUGACAAGAAAAUUUUAUUGACAAAAGGGACGUACGAUUACCCAUUCACUUUUACCCUUCAAGCUAACACUUUCCCAGCCAGUUUCUCUUCCUUCUUUGGCAAGACCCACUUUCGAAUAGAAAGCUCCACAUCAAUAAUGAGAAUACCAAAUAAGCCCAAAAACAUACUCAAGUUUUUAAAGAAUGAAAAUAUCACAGAUAAAAUCAUUUUAACAGAGGAAAUUAAAGUUAAAAGAGUACUUCCUUCAACGAGUAUGCUCAAAUUUGAAACGUUUCAAUUAAGGUCGUACAAUACUGCAAGUGAUGUGGUAGUAUCUGUCAUUGGAAAUUCCAAGUUGAUUGAAAUUGGUAUGCCUUUCCAAAUGAUAUUGUCAAUUGCAAAGACAGAUUCUUCAAUUGAGUUACAGGAUGCCUCCUUGACAGUUGCACAGAGAAUGGCAAUACCAAGUAUUGAUUCGAAAACCAAGAAAAUACUGCGGGAGCCUUACAUUAAAAAGUCCGAGUACUUAUUAAGAACUGUGGAGAGCCAAAGUUUCGAUUCUGACAAGACUAUCUUUGGGUUUUGCUUUGAUGACGUCGUUAUUCCAGACUAUGCGGAUGGUCUACCGAGUUGGUUUAAAACAUUCUACUGUGAGCCAAGUUCGUUUUAUCCCAAUUAUGCUGCCCUCAAAGUGACUCAUUUACUCUUGUUCAGGAUAAACUAUAGCAGGAACGAAUUGGCGGAAGGGUUUGAAGUGCGUAAAAACUAUCGAAUUACAGUAAAUUUCCCGAUUUUGGUUGGCGAUAGUGAUAUUUCAACUAGCUCUUUGUUACCCAAAUACGAAAAAUUUGAAAGUAUUAGUGAUUUACGAGAUGAACCGCCACUAUAUUCUAUGGUAGCAGGUACGAAUGGCUUGUGA